AUGGACUUAGUCGGGCCGCAGCCGGAGGGGCCACAGGGGCAGUGGCCACAGGGAGAGGGGCCACAGAGGGAGGGGCCACAGGUAGAGGGGCAACAAGAGGGGACCACAGGGAGAGGGGCCACAGAUAGAGGGGCCACAGAUAGAGGGACCAUAGGUGGGGGAGGGGCCACAGGGGAAGAGGCCAGAGGGAGAGUGGCCACAGAGGGAGGGGCAACAUGUGGAGGUGCCAUAGGGGGAGGGGCCACAGGGGAAGGGGCCACAGGGAGAGGGACUACAGAGGGAGGGGCAACAGGUGGAGAGGCCACAGAGGGAGGGGCCACAAGAAAGAGGUCGUGGAGCAAGUAUCUGUCGAAGCAAAAGAAGGUAAAGAAGUCAGUCCAGCCGCAGCCAAAUUCCAAGUUUUACAUGCAUCUUCCAAAGGAGGAUAUUACAGCGGCGAGCACUUCUGGGCAACGGGGGAAGGGUCCACAGGAAAAGGGGCCACAGAGGGAGGGGCCACAGGUAGAGGGGCAACAGGGAGGAACCACAGGGAGAGGGGCCACAGGGGGAGGGGCCACAGAUAGAGGGGCCACAGGGAGAGGGACCAUAGGUGGGAAAGGGGCCACAGGGGAAGAGGCCAGAGGGAGAGUGGCCACAGAGGGAGGGGCAACAUGUGGAGGUGCCAUAGGAGGAGGGGCCACAGGGGAAGGGGCCACAGGGAGACGGACUACAGAGGAAGGGGCAAUAGGUGAAGGGGCCACAGAGGGAGGGGCAACAGGAAAGAGGUCGUGGAGCAAGUAUCUGUCGAAGCAAAAGAAGGUAAAGAAGUCGGUCCAGGCGCAGCCAAAUUCCAAGUUUUACAUGGAUCUUCCAAAGGAGGAUAUUACAGCGGCGAGCACUUCUGGGCAAAAGGGGAAGGGUCAACAGGGGAAGGGGCCACAGGUUGAGUCGCCACAUGAAGAGGGGCCACAGGGAGAGGGGCCACAGAGGGAGAGGCAACAGGUGGAGGGGCCUCAGGUAGAGGGGCCGCAGGAAGGGGCCACAGGGGGAGGUGCCACAAGGAAGAGGAGGUGGAAACCCUAUGCGUCAAGGCAAAAGAAGGUAAAUGAGUUAGUCCGGUCACAGCCAAAUGCCAUUUUUUACAAUGAACUUCCAAAGGAGGAUAUUGCAACAGCUAUCACUUCCGGGCUGCAGGGGGAGGUGUCACAGGGGAAAGGGCAAAAGGGAGAGAGGCAACAUGCAAAGGAGCCACAGGGAGAGGGGCUAAGGGGAGAGGGGCCACAGAGGGAGGGGACUCCAGGGAGAAGUGCCAAAGGGAGAGGGGCCACAUAUGGAGCGGGAACGGGGAGAGGGGACACAGGGAGUGGGGCGACAGAGGGAGGGGUCCCAGAGAGAGGGGCCACAGGGGCAGGGGCUACAGGGAAAGGGACCACAGGGCAAGUGGACUACAGGGAAAGGGGACUCAAGCUGCGCCCAAUACCACCAGUCAUUCAAAAGGAGGAUAUUGUACCGGCGAGCACUUCUGGGCCAGAGGGGGAGGGGUCACAGGGAGAGGGACAACAGGAAAAGGGGUCGCAGGGAGAGGGGCAACAGGGAGAGGGGCUACAGAGAGAGGGGUCACAGGGAGAGGGGCCACAGGGAGAGGGGCUACAGGGAGAGGUGUCACAGGGAGAGGGGCCACAUGGAGAGGGGUCGCAGGGAGAGGGGCAACAGGGGGAGGGGUCACAGAGAGAGGGGUCACAGGGAGAGGGGCCACAGGGAGAGGGGUCACAGGGAGACGGGCCACAGGGAGAGGGGCACAGGGAGAGGGGCCACAGGAAGAGCUAG